CCAUGUUUCUAGGGGAUCCAUAUUAAUGUGGGACCGCGUGUUGUUUUCCGCUUGUCCACACGUUUCUCGUUGAGGGGCGAUGUGUGAGGCAGCCCAGGAGGACUUGUAUGCCGUUCUGGGUGCGAGUCCAUCUGACUCGGCCCAGCAGCUCCGGCAGCGGUACCAGAAACUGGCCCUGCAGCACCACCCGGACCGACUCGGAGGAGCGACCCCUGCUGAAACUGAGCGUGGUGUGAGCAGGUUCCAGCAGCUGGAGGCGGCCUGGAGGGUCCUGAGUGACGAGAGCUCCAGGAGGCGCUACGACCAGCAGAGGAGAGCUCAGGAGCUGACUCAGGAAUGGCCGGUGGACGGGUCGGUCUCUCUGGAGGACAUGAGCUGGGACGCAGAGGAGCAGGUGCACACGUACGUCUGCCGCUGCGGAGGUGUGUUCAGCAUCACGGCGGAGGAGGUGGAGGCGGAGAGAGCGGGACGUGACGGCGGCGAGGGGAUGCAGGUGGUGGUGUGCUGCGACACGUGUUCGCUCAGCCUGGACGUGGUGUUGGCGCCCAGCUGACCCUGUUGGAGGGAGAGGUUUGUGAGUCAGGUCCCGCUCUGCUCCCACCUGGAGAUGUUUGAUCCUGGUGGAGGUGAAGCCCCCUGACUCCUCCUGAGCUGGUUCAGUGUGACACUGGAGCGACGCGCUGUGACCCCACUGUGACUCCUCACCCGGGGAUCCUGGCGCUGCCCGUCUGCGCUUGACUCCCUGAUGACCAGCUACUGAAGCUUGGUGUGCCACUCACAACCAGACUGACAGACCAGUGUUUUCCAACCUUUUUCAAGCCACGACACACAGAAUCCUGAGGCUCACAACCAAAGGAACCGCAGCCAAAGCCCAACUGCGCUCAGUCAAAAGCCCCGUGGAAUGUAUUUUUUAUCUGUGAACAACUGCAGCUACCGACAAACGAUUUUGGCAGGAAAUGUAUUUGUUUAAAAAUGUCUCCAGAAAGGUGGGAAAACGGCAAAAAUACCUCAUGAUUUAUUUAUUUUAAAUGACUGUUGCCAUGCCUUUUGCAUGAUUUUAUUAUAGUUUUGGGGACGUCAUGUCAGCUCCUGCGCUCCAGACCUGCACGUCCGAUGUCAACACCUUGAGCCACGACUUCCUGAGCCUGAAUGGACGGCUCUUGGACCAGGAAGAGGAUCAGCUGCUCUGAUUCUGGGAUCAUGGUUGGAGCGGGAAGUUCUGAGGAAUGUUUUGAGCUCCUCAGCAAUGAAGACUCAUGAGGAAAGAGCUGAGCCAGAAUUCCUCCUCUCACCUGUGGACACCAGCUUUGUUUUGACCCAAAGAGCAAAGUUUUCUCCGUCUGGAGAAGCUCAGUCAUCCAGGAGGGACACGGACUAGACCCUCUGCUCCUCCAGGAGAAGACAGUUGAGACUCAAACAGGGUCGACCAGAGGACAGUCUGUGGACUUGUGUCUCAGUGACCUGGGUCCUUUCUGGGCCUAGAUUGGCAUGAUUAUGACCAGGAAAAGACGCUGGAAAAGUGGAGUCAAUAUAAGGCAUGACGCAAACGCGGUGAGGCGUGGGUAAUACCUAGUUAGCACAUGCAGAUGAAGGCCAAAUGGCUAAUCAUUUGUGUGGAUGUGACCUUACAAAAUCAUCUGCUGACCUCCACAGGGGUCCCGACCCACAGGUUGGGAACGGGUUGCCCUAAAUGACGGAGCCAUUCUCCCCCCAGCGGGACGGCGGCAGACAGACAAAGGAGAGCACCGUGGUAAUGACUCCGCUCUCUGGCUCUGGUCAGUCCGCCUGGAAAGGUCACGGCUGACAGAAGCUCGCUUCGUCCCUCUAAUCCACGGAGCCCUUCAUAUCUGAGGCCCUCGGCCCCGGGGGGGAGGAGGUGCGGCCUGCUAUUGUCUGAGUCCUCCGCUAAUGAUUUCUACCGCGCCGGUCAGCAGUGAAGACAUUGUGAUUGAGCCGGGGGACGGUGGGGGGUGACAGCUGAUGGUGAAAUGAGGGGCUGCGGGAGCCGCGACGUGAGGCGCGCGGUGAUCCAACAUCUCUCUCCGCAACAAACCACCUGCAAUUACAGCGCUUCAGAUCACUUUCUCCCCCCCACCAUCCACCCCAGUCCUCAGCUCUUCUGUUCAGUAAAAUAACUUCAUCAAUUACUGUUGGUAAAGAAUAUGAUGCUGACGCGUUUAAUUGUCAGGAAUAAAGGCUUUAAGAACCUGAAAUAAUCGUUUUCGGUCAAUGUCUAACAAGUCUACAGCAUGAAUGAAGAGGUCUUUCAACUGAAUGGUAAGAAUCGGAUCGUCGGAAUCUCUGACUUGUACGGGAAACAAAUCUAAAGCCGAGGCCAAGUGUUCGCUGAGUGAUUUUUUUUACAAAUGUAUUACGUACAUGAAGGAAGUGAACAUAGUUGCGCUUUUAUUUUGUCAAGCGACAGACUUUAUUAGCAGUAUAACAAUAGCUCAUAAUGCUAACGUUUAUUAUCUAACAUAACCGUAUCUCGCUUUGGUUAGAGUUCAACUGUGAUCAAGCAUUGUGACUGGCGUAAUCCCUACAGCAGAGGGUGGUCUA